AUGGGCAAGACCGUCGGAAGAGAAACUCCUUGCGAUGUGAGCGGAGGAGAGCUGACAAAUGGUUACCCGGGUAUACAACAUGCUAUCGGUCACAUCGAGCCAGCGCUUUUCUGUAAGCGAGGGCCUGAAGGCAACCGACGACUGGGGACACUUAAGUCUGUCGCAAGAUUGCAGUUUAACUUCCGGAUCAUCUUUGACGGUGACGAGAAUGACAGAGUCGUAGGCCGGAGAUCUGCUAAGAAAGCUCACUCUAUCAAUGAGAAGUUCCACGGCGGUUACGAGAGUUUUGAAGAUGACGAGUGCACAGGUCGACCACCCGUUGUUGGCGACAACCAUUUGGUAGCUUUAGACGGAGCCGAUCCAUAUUAG